ACCAGCAUGGAGGUCGCCCUGGAAGACAAGGACAGCUCCUCAUCAGCCAACGUAGAGUACCACCAGGCCUUCAGGGACCGGUGGAAGGAGACGGACGCCACCAUGUGUCGCCACAGCAUGUCCUUCCACCUGCACCACGCCAUCAGGAGCGACUUCUUCGCCAGCUACCUGUACCUGCUGGAUAAGACUCCUAUGGUGAAGCUCUUCCCGGUCACCUGCGAGUACAUCAAGGGCGAGAAGCAGUUCUACUACCGAGCUCAGCAGUUCUACGAGGACGUGGAGGCCUCGGAGGAGGGCAUGAUGGGAGACUUCGUGGAGAUCUCCCACGUGGACCUGGAGGGAUCCAGGCAGUUCCUCCAGAGGUUUGUGGGUCCAGGUAAGGCCGGGACGCACUGCGCCCUGGACUGCGGCUCCGGGAUCGGGCGCGUGACCAAAGGCGUCCUCCUUCCUGUGUUUGAGAAAAUGGAAAUGGCGGACAUGAUGGAGCACUUCCUGCUCCACGCACACGAGGAGUACCUGGGCGACGACGCCGACCGCAUCGAGACCUACUACUGCUACAACCUGCAGGAGUUCACGCCCCCGAAGAACAAGUACGACGUCAUCUGGAUGCAGUGGGUGGCGUGUCACCUGACGGACAAGGACCUGAUGAACUUCCUGUUUCGCUGUAAGAAGAGCCUGCGUCCAAACGGCGUCAUCAUCAUGAAGGACAACAUGGCGCGGCAGGGCUGCAAGCUGGACUCCACCGACAGCACCAUCAGCCGCCACCUGGACAUCAUGAAGUGCAUCAUCGGCAAGGCCGGCCUGGAGGUGCUGGAGGUGGAGCUGCAGGAAGGAUUCCCUGAGGUCAUCAUGCCCGUCUGGAUGAUCGCCAUGAAGUAG